AUGGGCAUUCCAGAAGAACAACAAGCGCCACCCGCAACAAUGACGAGAACAGAUUCGAGACCCCAACAAGCGUCUCGUGAACGCACACCAGUGUCUACAUCUGCAUCUUCGCUUUCCGUUGACAAACCCCAUGACCAUUCUAUCAUACAGGACGAAAAGAAUCUCGAGAAUGAGAAGGAGCCCGAGAUUGAUGUUGAAGACAACCCUGAAGCUGAGGAUGAAUCCAAUUAUCCACACGGUAUCAAACUCUACUCGCUUAUCGCAGCUUUAUGCCUGGCUGUAUUUCUUGUCGCCCUCGAUCAAACCAUUAUCGCGACAGCCAUUCCGAAGAUUACCGAUCGCUUCAACAGCAUUGCCGACAUUGGUUGGUAUGGAAGUGCCUAUUUUCUCACGAGUACCGCGCUACAGCCAAGUUUCGGUCGUAUCUACAAAGUCUUCCAGAUUAAAUGGGUUUUCCUUGGCGCUAUUCUCGUCUUUGAGCUAGGCUCAUUGAUCUGUGCUGUUGCACCUUCGAGCACUGCUCUGAUUAUUGGUAGAGCCAUUGCAGGCAUUGGUGUUGGUGGAAUCUUCUCAGGUGCUUUGGUCAUCAUCGCACAUUCUCUCCCGCUGAUCCGUCGGCCUAUGGUCUUCGGAUUGACUGGUGCCAUGUGGGGCCUAGCUUCUGUUGCUGGUCCUCUCUUGGGAGGCGUAUUCACAGAUCAUUUGUCGUGGCGGUGGUGCUUUUAUAUUAAUCUUCCCAUUGGGGCAUUCUCCAUCGUCGUUGUUGUGUUCGUUCUGAACAUCCCACAAGACCCAAAGUUGGCAGAAAAACCAAUUCUCAAGCGCAUUCUUGAACUCGAUCUCAUUGGAGCCUCGAUUCUUAUCCCAGCCAUCAUCUGUCUGCUACUUGCAGUACAAUGGGGCGGCUCAACGUACCCAUGGAACAGCUCUCGUAUCAUCGGUCUCUUUGUCGGGGCAGGCAUACUACUCGUUCUCUUUGGCGUCUCACAGUGGCGUCUCGGUGAAGCGGCCACCAUCCCACCUCGCCUUUUGCGACAGCGCACUCUGAUGGCGGCUUGUGCCUUUGUAUUCUUUUUCGGCGCUGGCAUUUUCAUCUUGAUGUACUACCUGCCUCUAUACCUUCAAAGUGUAAAGGGCUCCUCGCCAACUGAAUCCGGCAUACAAACUCUACCACUCAUGUUGUCCACAGUCUUGACCUCAAUCAUUGGCGGCAUCGCUGUCACCAUCAUCGGCUAUUACACACCUCUACUAAUCGGCGCGGCCGCACUCAUGACUAUUGGAUACGGCCUCAUCACCACCUGGACUGUCGACUCACCCUUCCGCGAGUGGUUCGGAUAUCAAAUCGCCGCAGGUUUGGGAGCCGGAUUCGGCUUCAAUCUACCCCUGGUGGCCGUUCAGACCGUUCUUCCCAUGGCCGACAUCCCACAGGGAACCGUACUCCUCAUGUUCUGUCAAUCUCUAGGUGGCGCACUCUUCAUCGCCGUUGGCCAAGCUGUCUUCUCCAACGGUCUAGUCACCGGCGUUGCCAAAUAUGCGCCGGACCUAGAACCUCAGCUACUCCUCAAUACUGGCGCCACCGCUAUCCGCAGUACCCUUAGUAGCAUGGGGCUCGAAGACCAUAUUCAUCAGGCUAUCGAGGCGUAUGUCUAUGCCUUGAGGGACUGCUAUCGCGUGACGGUCGCUGUAUCAGGUAUGGCGUUCCUUGCGGCGUGCUGUUUCGAGUGGAAGAGUGUCAAGAAGGCUGGGAAGCAGGGUGUUGACGCUAUGCCCGCUAUGGGAUAG